UCAGCUUGCUUUUUUUCCUACUUCACUUCUGCCGAGGAACUUUUUAAAUGUCCGGAACAAUUUGGUUACUACAGGGAUUCUAAUGAUUGCUCAAAGUAUUAUGUCUGCGUUUUUGGAGAUGCCCUUCACGAGAAGUGUACCGGUGGUCUACAUUUCAGCCUAGAAUUACAGACAUGUGAUUGGCCAAGGAAUGUUAACUGCAUGAAAGAUGAAAGUCUAUUGGAGGAAAAAGUGAUAGAAAUCAAAGACGAAGUAUUCAGUUCAAGUAGAAGAGCCUCGUCCACACUGGCUAAAGAAAACCCACCUCCUCAACUAAAGCCACAAAUAGUCGAAAGUGAUCCAGUGUCCAACUACCAAUCAUUUGAAGACAAUAGUGGUGAAGAAUCUAAGAACUCGCAAAGCAGUGCUGAGUUGGAGAAGGAAGAGUCUAGAUCCAGAACUGAAAGCCCAGAUCAGAGCCGAACUUCACAGAGGUUUUCUCCAACAGAGAGUACGACACAGUCUCCUCAUUUUCAAACCAGCCGGCCUGAGUUUGUUGAUAAAGCAUUGUCUGAAGAUCAAGAUCAGUCUGAUAGCUCGUCUGACGAUCCUUUGUAUGGAAGUGAUGAAGACAGAAAAAUACUACUGGAUAAUUAUGAUCCUCAAGAACCAAAAUAUGAAGAAGCUGCACCUCCUUUAGUAGAUUCAGAAGGUGGAAUUCAUAUAGCAGAUGGUGGACAUGGAUUGGAUGCUUUUGCUGGUUUGGCGCAUCUUCCUGGUCUUGGCGAUUUCAGCGUACUUGAAAAACCAAUUUACAAUGGAAAUAAUGGGAAUCAAGAUCACGAUGAAGAUUAUCAACGAAAGAAAGAUCUGACGCUUUCAACCAAACCUCGAAGCUUAGAAAAUUAUCCAAACAGCAAUGAAAAUUUGAAAGAUCCAGAUGUGGUAAUAGACUACUCGAAUGGAAAAAACAAAGAUGUAAAAUAUGACUAUUCUGAUCGAAAGGACUUCGGAACACCUCCACCAACGAUUUUCGAUGACAAUGCAGAUCACAAAGAUUACGGUGGCUUCGACAUCAUAACUCCUCUAAGAAAAGAGCAAAGCCCUAAUCGCGACUCUCCAAAACGAACUCAGAAUGAAGAUUCAAAACCUGAGGCAGAGUUCUUCAAUCCUUUAUCAAUUCCAGAUCUACCUAGAUUAGAGAAAAAACUCACUAAAGAGAUAGACACGCUAAAGAGAAAUCCAGUUGACUCUAAUACACAAAACUUUCAAAAUUUAAACUUCGGCAAUGAUCGCAAACCUCAAAUAAAUGUUUCACUUCCUUCUGUUCUUUUCGAUGAUCAACUCUCCAGCAAAGAAAUUCCAUCCGCCCCCCAUAAUAUUAGAUAUGAUUCUAGGGAAAGUCCUGAAAUCAGAGUAAUAGACCUAUCAAGACCACGUAGUCCUAGCUUACAGUUACCUAAAAAGGAAACGGAAGCAUAUAUUUCUGAAAAUAAAAAUUCCAAUGCAAAUACACAGUUUACUAGAAUUAUUGACACUGCAGAAUUAAUUGAGCCAAAAGGAAAUAGGGAACCCUCAAGAAAUAACCGUCCCAAACCUUCAUCACCUCAAGAAUCUAGUCGCAUAAUAAUUGAUGACUCUAGAAUACAGAAUGAUGCUAUACCAGAGGACAAUUUAAGAAUCCCUUCAAGUUUAGGAAAUAGCAAUUCUUUUAAUUUAGGGAGCUCUGUGUCAGAAGAGAACGUAUAUGAUGACCAUCCAGUAAAUGUAAAUAAUGAAGAUCAUGAAUUAACAUUUCCUGACCAACCAUUGGAGGCUGAUUUUGGAGUUUAUACUGGAAAUCAGCGCCAAGCUAAGAAAGUAGAUACUCCUUCAGAUGUCUCAGCCCUGCAAGACUCUGCAAGCUUAAUAGACAUUCAAAAGCAAACGCAACAACGACAUCCUAAUAGACCUCGACCGGGAUCUGAUAAGAAAAUAUUUGAAGAACCGAAAUCAAAAAGUGAAAUUCCGGACAACAGUGACGUGGUUGAUGGAUUUGGUAAUUUGAAACGACAAUUUACAAGCGGUUAUAAUACUCAAGAGGAUAUUCAAGAAGCUACAACUAGACCGACCACAAUAGCCAGAACUCGCCCUACUCGACCUCGAAAAUCCACAACGACAACAACCACGACUACAACCACCACUACACCUGCACCAAUUAAAAUAAGAUCAAGAGCCCCUAUAAACCAAGCUACAAAACCUACUAAACCCGCAAAUGUUGCCUCAUCCAAACAUGCAGCUCCUCCAUCGAGACCACCAAGUCAGUUUCCAACUCCAGAACCGUAUACAACUGCCCAAAAGUGUGAUCCUAGGAAGUGCCGUUUGCCAGAUUGUCGCUGCGGAGGUUCUGACAUCCCCGAGGGUCUAAGGCCCAGUGAAAGUCCACAACUUGUGCUUUUGACUUUCGACGAUGCCGUAAAUGACCUCAACAACGACUUGUAUGACGAAUUGUUUAACACUGGAAGAGCUAAUCCUAAUGGUUGCCCCAUCCUAGCCACUUUCUAUGUUUCACAUGAAUGGACUGACUAUGGUCAAGUGCAGAGCCUGUACGCUCAAGGACAUGAAAUAGCAUCACAUUCCAUCACUCAUAGCUACGGUGAAAAGUUUUCGAAGAAUCAAUGGAUGCGUGAAAUUCACGGACAGCGGGAGAUUCUGCACCUGUACGGAGGCGUCAAAAUGGAAGACAUACGUGGGAUGCGUGCACCUUUCCUUCAAAUUGGCGGGAACAAAAUGUUCGAAAUGCUUUACGAUGCUAAUUUUACAUAUGACUCCUCCAUGCCGGUAUACGAGAACAAUCCACCCUUUUGGCCUUACACACUCGAUUAUGCCCAAAGUCAUGAAUGCAUGAUUUUCCCUUGCCCCACGAAGUCUUUCCCUGGAUUGUGGGAAGUGGGCAUGGUCAUGUGGGUCGACCUUAGGGGUGGACGCUGCUCUAUGGGUGAUGCUUGUUCUAACCCUCCAGAUGAAGAAGCUGUUACAAAAAUGCUGAUGAAGAACUUUAACCGUCACUAUAAAACAAACAGAGCUCCAUUUGGUUUAUUUUACCAUUCUGCUUGGUUUAAUACACAGCACCAUAGGCGUGGUUUUAUGAAAUUUUUGGAUGAAAUUCUCCAGAAGGAUGAUGUGUGGUUUGUUACAAAUCACCAACUUAUUCAGUGGAUGCGAAAUCCACGACCAUCCAAUCAAUUAAAGAACUUCGAACCAUUCGAUUGCAGGAAAUUUGAAAGACCACCCCCGUGCCCUUCUCCAACGGUGUGCAAUGUUUGGUACCAAGGUGGUGUCAGGUACAUGAAGACUUGCCAACCAUGCCCCGCCAAAUAUCCAUGGGUCGGUAGCACGGGUUACGAAGCUGCCGGCGGUCGUGGAUAGCGAAACUAUGUGAUUUAGAUUUUUUGUUUAGUGUUAUUAAUUUAAUUCGUAUUUUAAAGAACAACAUAAAAUGUGAUGAAGAUCCUUAUUUAAUUGCACCUUACUUGUUCCUCAAAACUUUAAUGGACAAAACGAUAAAACGCCAACAUGUAUGUCUGGCUGAUUCAUGUUUCUAAAAAAAAAGUCCACUUUUUUUGCCAUAAUAUAGUUUGUAGAUUGAAUUCGUCAUUGUUAUUGUCUUAUUUCGCCAAUAUUUGCUGAAGUUUUUUCCACGAGUACUAUUUUGUUUUAACUUUUGAAUCUACAAGGACAGUUGAUAAUCAUUUUAAGUUAUUACAUCGCAAGACUAUCUCUUAACUAAAAAUUUUUGAACUUAAAAAUUAUGAGCAGAAGUUAAAACUAUUUAGUACGCUUCAGUUUGCCAAACUUUUGCUUUUACAAACUUUCUGGUGCUGCCAAACUUCGUUGCUCAGCAACAGCAAUUGGGACUGCUACUUUCUAAGGGAUUAAUUGCAGGAAGCAAAUAUGCUUUUAAAGAAGAACUUACGGUGCUGACUGGAACACAAGGACACUGGAUUAGAUUUUAAACUCUUUGCUUUUAUAUCUUUUAAUGUGGCUUUUUAUGAAUUGUGCCUUGUUUACCCUUAGCAAGCGAAAAAUAAUUUAUUGGUUAAUAUUUAGUGUUUAAGAAACUGUAGAUAUUUAUAUGUGCAUCUUUAAAAAGGGAUAAUAGAUAACUAUUCAUUUUUUGAAUUAAAACUGAAUUGAAACUUUUUAAGGAGCAUAGAAAACCUUAAAUGUUUCUCAGCGCCAAAACUGUUUAUAGGUUACAUCUCCAUACAUCUUUUACUGUAUUAAGUUACGUAGUAUAUACCAAUUUUUGAUAUGGGAAAUUAUAGUAAUUUUAUCUGGAAUUAUGACUGAGAUUAAGAAUUAAAAGAUUAUUUUGGCUUUUAAUGUAGAUGUUUCUUGUAUCCCUUGAUAAUUCUUAAGACAGAAUCUUUUAUCUAAUACCCUUGAGAUUAAAAAGUGCCAAACUAACACUAUCCUCUAUGCUUGUUUGUUUGCUUAUUAAGAUUUCUUUGUGCUUUAACCCUCUGUUUGUACAUUUGUACAUAAUCGUAACUUAAAAAUAGUCAUUUAUAGAAUUGUUUCUAUUUUCUGCUUAUUCUAUAACCAAGAAAGUCUAUUUUAAGCAGAAAAUGAAACUAGUAUUCUGUGUGCAUGACUAUUUCUAAGGGAAAUGACAAGUAUAUCUGCACAAAUAUUAGAGGCUGAUAUAAAUUCUCGAUUUGUGUACAUAGUUUUUUCUUGUGCAAUAAUUGGUUUUUCGCUUGGUAAGAACAUGUAUACAAAAAUUUCUUUUGAUCAUUAAAACUGCAUCAUAAAUGUCUGAAAUUAUUGUAAAUAUCUUGAAUAUGUAAUAUGUCAAGACAUUUGUAAUCUCUUGACAUAAAAAUGUCUUCACAUUACAAAUGUCUUCACAUUGUAAAUGUCCUGAGUAACAUUAAUUAUUGCAUUGAAUUAGCACUGAACGUACCAAAACUCUAUAAUACAACAUACAAAAACCAGUCUUUUUGACAGGUGUAAGUUAAAAAUAUCAAAAUUAUGCAACAUAUAAUAUAAGACAUUUUUAGUAAUAUACGAUAUUUUUAAUAUUGUUAACAUGUAAUGUAAGACAUUUUACGCCAUGUAGUUUUUAGUAAAACUACAUAUCAGAAUUUAAAAAUUAUUUUUUAUAAUAUAACUGUUACUUGUUUAUGAAAGUUCAAAAACAUUGCUAAAGAAUUUAUAUGAUGUAGUUUUAGACAUGCUUAAAGAAUCCACGUAUUAAGAUUGGGAACAGUGAACCUUCUAAGAAAUUUAACAAUUGAUACUAUAAGACAUUGAAUAAUGUUUAAUGUAGUUUCAAAUUGUAUUUCUAAUUCUUUAAUCGAAGACAUUUUUGAUGAAGUUUUACUGCAUGCGGUAAUGGUUGGGUUCCUGAUUGGCUUAAUUUUCUAUACGUUUCAUUAUAUUUGUAUAUGUGCAUUUGUUUCAUGUACAAUAAACUAAAAUUUUUAUA